AUGGCAAAGCGAAUUGUGGUGCAAAUGAUUUCAGUGUCCUUCCCUGCAACCUUCUGCUUCAGUGGUACAGAUGAUGAGCAUCGCAGUAUGAGGGGCAACAAUGAUACUAACCUUCCAUUUUCUGUGGACAACAAAUGGCGAUUACUUGUACUAAUGUGUGGAUUCUUUGGAAGUGGAUUUGUCGCCCCUUUUGUUAUAGUCAGACACCAGCUUCUUAAGAAAUGA